AUGAGUGCUUUUAUACGUCCUCACUCAGAAUGCCUGAACAGUAGAGCACGCAUACGGCAGAAUGGCAACGGGCGUGAGAAUGCAAAAGACACGCUCUGUAGGAAUGUGACGAUAUAUGGCCACUGCCGCUAUGAGGAUAAAGGAUGUGCUUUCAAUCAUGAUCCAGUCAAAUCACAGCCUAACAGUCAAGUGGAAAGCAUCAAGAAGCGCUUUAAUAUUGCUUCACCGAGCUUUACACCUUCGUCACUUGCUGUGAAUGGCAACCAUGCUACACCAAAGACCCUAGGUCUUUCCCCCAAAGCAGCCAAUGCUGCACCUUUCAAACCCAGAACCCUUACCCCAGGUAACAUCGUACUCAUGUCCUAG